AUGGAGCAGGCUUCACCACGAAAGGGCAAGAAACGGAGAGUGUCUGCACUUGAGAUGACUGCGGGAAUGUCGCUGGAUGCAAGCAAACCCAAGCAGACGGUUCACACCUUCUUAUGCAGACGUUCCGACAGCGGACAUAUCAAGAAGGGCGUUGACUACAGUUAUGCCAGCCAAGAAAAUGACAAGGGGAUUGUGUCCAUGCUGACCGUUCCACUUUUCAACGAUCGGAGCUACACAGGCGACUCAUUUCCGACUCAGCAGCAAGCAGAACGUUCGGCAGCGGAAUCCUUCCUUGCGGAUUUGGAUGUCGUUGCAGCUGCGAAGACCCUCCCGCCACCAAGAUGGUUGCUCCAGCGUCAUGCUCGUGAAACCACCUCUCAGCUGGCGAAGGGAGUUAAGCAUCAUAGGCGUGAGGGUGGUGAGCCUACCAGGUUCAAAGUCAUCUGUGAUCAAAAAGCGUCUGCCUUGUACAGGCAGUAUCGGUAG